CCCGCGUGCGGUUCGGCGGGAAGUGAACGUUCCACAGCCGUCACAACGAGCGCGCCGUUGAUUGGCGGAGGCUGGUGACGGGGGUUCCUGCCCUGGAAUGCAGGGCGCAGGGGCGAGACAAUAAGGGAGACGCGAAGCGAGAGCCCGGAGCCCGCGCUGCUGCCCCUCGCCCCAGGCUGCGCUGUGACCGAGCCCGGCCCCCGCCGCACCCACCUCCCCUUGGGACCCAGCGGGAGAGGCCGCCCCGCGCUCCGCCCGCCCCGCGCGCAGACCCGUCCAGGCCCCGGGGAGCGCCCUGCCCCGAGCCGCGAGCCCUGCCGUAGCAUUUGACACUCUGUACCAAAGAAAUGGUGAUGGAGAAGCCAAGUCCCCUGCUUGUAGGGCGGGAGUUUGUGAGGCAGUACUACACUUUGCUAAAUAAAGCUCCUGACUUCUUGCACAGGUUUUAUGGCAGGAAUUCCUCUUAUGUCCAUGGUGGACUGGAUGCCAGCGGGAAGCCCCAGGAAGCAGUGUAUGGCCAAGCUGAGAUUCAUAAGAAGGUGAUGUCCCUACAGUUCAGUGAAUGUCACACUAAGAUUCGUCAUGUUGAUGCACAUGCGACCUUGAGUGAUGGUGUAGUCGUGCAGGUCAUGGGGGAACUAUCUAACAACGGGCAACCAAUGAGGAAGUUUAUGCAAACUUUUGUUCUGGCUCCAGAAGGAUCUGUUCCAAAUAAGUUCUAUGUCCAUAAUGAUAUAUUCCGCUAUGAAGAUGAAGUAUUUGGAGACUCUGAGGCUGAACUUGAUGAAGAAUCGGAAGAAGAGGUUGAAGAGGAGCAGGAAGAAAGGCAGCCAUCCCCUGAGCAAGUGCAAGAGAAUACAAGCAGUGCAUACUAUGAAAGCCACCCUGUAACCAAUGGAAUGGAGGAGCCUUUGGAAGAAUCAUCUCAUGAGCCUGAGCCGGAGUUGGAAUCUGAAACAAAAACAGAGGAGCUGAAAUCUGAAGUAGAAGAAAAGAAUCUUGAAGAGCUAGAAGAAAAAUCUCCAUCCCCACCGCCUGUAGAACUUGUUUCUCUACCACAAGAACCUCCAAAGGCUUUCUCUUGGGCUUCAGUGACCAGUAAAAACCUGCCUCCUAGUGGUACUGUUUCUUCCUCUGGAAUUCCACCCCAUGUUAAAGCACCAGUCUCACAGCCAAGAGUUGAAACUAAACCUGAAGCUCAGUCUCAGCCACCCCGUGUGCGUGAACAGCGUCCAAGGGAGCGACCGGGUUUUCCGCCAAGGGGACCGAGACCAGGUCGAGGGGAUAUGGAGCAGAAUGAAUCCGAUAAUCGCCGAAUAAUUCGUUACCCAGACAGCCAUCAGCUCUUUGUUGGCAACUUGCCACAUGAUAUUGAUGAAAAUGAACUGAAAGAAUUCUUUAUGAGCUUUGGAAACGUGGUGGAACUUCGCAUCAAUACCAAAGGAGUUGGAGGAAAACUACCAAACUUUGGCUUUGUGGUAUUUGAUGACUCUGAGCCAGUUCAGAGAAUCUUAGUUGCGAAACCCAUUAUGUUUCGAGGAGAGGUGCGCUUGAAUGUAGAAGAGAAAAAAACGAGAGCUGCCCGUGAAAGAGAGACCCGAGGCGGUGGUGAUGAUCGUAGGGAUAUUCGGCGCAAUGAUAGAGGGCCCGGGGGUCCCCGUGGAAUAGUGGGUGGUGGAAUGAUGCGGGACCGUGAUGGAAGAGGACCUCCUCCCCGGGGUGGCAUGGCACAGAAACUUGGCUCUGGAAGAGGAACCGGGCAAAUGGAAGGCCGUUUCACAGGACAACGUCGUUGAAAUCCUCCACUGUUGGCAGACAGUCUUGGCAGUGGUACAUUAUUCGUCGUGUUUGCAUUCUUGUUAAUUUUUUUGGCUUUGGAAUGUGACACAGCCUUUUUGAUCAUUUCUUUGAUGUGAAAAGCAUCCUUUGGUUACCAGUUAAAUUGAGGUGGACAUGCUUUCCCAAAUUUCACAACAGGAGUCACACUGUUAAUUUAUAAAUUUAGACUUGGCGAAUUAAGGACAGAGAAAUGACCAUAAAACUAUCUGCAACAAAAGUGGACUAAAGGACAUGCCCAAUCGAAUUCAGGUCCUUUCAGUCAAAAACCCUCUGCUGCACAUUUUGUGUAAGUGUUACUGUUUCUGCUUAUUACUGUUGGAAACGCAGUUAGUGCAAUCUGUGCAAUUGGAGAAGCUUGCCUUUUUUUUUCUUUUUAGAACACUUGGCUCAAAACAGACUAACUAACUUGUGUUUAUGCACUCAUCAAAAUGCACUAAUGGGUACUCUAAACUCAUUCACAUUGAUAUCUACAAGAGGCAUCAGGAAAAAAAUCCUUCAUCUUUUUUCAGACAGAAUAGCUUUUGAAAUGAUGCGGGCAUCUGAUCUGCUUGCUGUGACCAACAUGUAUACACACAAACCUUAACAAGACUACAAGUAUAUUCCAGAAGGAAACCAUUUAGUGGUAAACUAAACACAAUCCAGAACUUCAAAGUUAUGGUCCUGAGUACAAAACAAGUUUGAUAGCUCAUAUCUAAGAUUUUUCUACCUGCCCCUCUUCAAUACAGGGAUGGCUGGCUGCUCAACACACUCCUCCUCCCCUUUCCCCUUCUUUAAGCGUUGUACAGUGAAUUGUCUUUACUGUAUUUGAGUUCUCUAGUAAUGUAAUAAGCAUGAUGGUGCCUUCUAUUAAUACAUCAUUCCAGUCUU